AUGACUGUUGCUUUAGCUCCCCAACCAGCGGUUGCGGGAGAGUCUGGGUUGGGAAAGACCACCUUCAUCAACACGCUGUUCUCCACCACCAUCAAGAACUACGCCGACCACAAGAAGCGACAUGCCAAGCAGGUUGACAAGACUGUCGAGAUUGAGAUCACAAAGGCAGAGCUGGAGGAGAAGUUCUUCAAAGGUACAAUCACUGACCUGAGCAGUGACUGGUUCCGUUUGACUGUCAUUGAUACCCCUGGAUUUGGCGACUAUGUCAACAACCGUGACUCGUGGCAACCCAUCAUUGAGUUCUUGGACGACCAGCAUGAGUCCUACAUGCUUCAGGAGCAGCAGCCCCGCCGUACGGACAAGAUCGACCUGCGUGUGCACGCAUGUCUCUACUUCAUCCGUCCGACUGGACACACCUUGAAGCCGCUCGACAUUGAAGUGAUGAAGCGCCUCAGCUCUCGUGUCAACUUGAUCCCUGUGAUUGCUAAGGCUGACACUCUCAGCCCUGCUGACCUGGCUCGAUUCAAGCAGAGGAUUCGUGCUGUCAUUGAUGCUCAGGGUAUCAAGAUCUACCAGCCUCCGAUCGAGGAGGACGAUGAACACGCUGCGGCUCACGCCCGCAGCCUGAUCGCCGCUAUGCCCUUCGCCGUUAUUGGUUCGGAGAAGGACGUCAAGAACAGCGAGGGCAAGGUUGUCAAGGGCCGUCAGUACAUCUGGGGUGUUGCUGAGGUGGAGAACGAGGACCACUGCGACUUCAAGAAGCUCCGCUCCCUCCUCAUCCGUACCCACAUGCUCGACCUCAUCCACACCACCGAGGAGCAGCACUACGAGGCGUACCGUGCGCAACAGAUGGAGACGAGGAAGUUUGGCGAGGCGCGGCCCCGCAAGCUGGACAACCCGAAGUUCAAGGAAGAGGAAGAGAACCUGCGCAAGCGCUUCACGGAGCAGGUCAAGAUCGAGGAGCAGCGAUUCAGACAGUGGGAGCAGAAGCUCAUUGCCGAGAGAGACCGCCUCAACAAGGAUCUGGAGGCCACUCAUGCUGCGAUCAAACAACUCGAGCAAGAACUCGAGCAGAUGCAGGGCUCGGCCCGCAGCCAUGGCCGUCGUUAG